AUGAAAACACUUCUGACUAUCUACAUUUUGCUAUCCUUUGGAGAGUUAGGCCUCGCUAACAUGGCACAAAUGCGAAAGAAAUCGCACACCGAGGAAUUCGAAGGAAUGCCAGCCUUGUUCAGGGCCAUGUCCUCAUCUCCAAACGAUGGAUACACAUACAAUUGGAGCGUGGUCUCGUUUUCAACGAAUGGAAAACCAGGAUCUGGUCUAAAUUGCACCGUUUUGUAUCUGGAUCAGUGCACAUCCUGGAAUAAGUGUCGACAGACCUGCCUGAAAACCGGAGCCACCAGCUACAGGUGGUUUCAUGACGGAUGUUGCGAGUGCGUGGGAGAACUUUGCAUGAAUUACGGCGUAAAUGAGAGCAGAUGUCGACUAUGUCCUGAACCCGGACUUGAAGAUGAAGAUGAUUGAAAAUCCCUUGUCAGCAGCUAGAGGCUAAUUAUCGGAUGCUAUACGUCAUGCUAAUUGUAAUUUCAAAUUAAUUUAUAGAUUAUGAAAAUUUAAAAGUUUAUUUAGCUUAACG